AUGAGCUCAACAGAAACCGAGAAGUCUGAGCCGGAGAAACCCAUCAAAGUGUGUGGACGAGCUCGUGGGAAAGGAUGUGGCCGGGGCAGAGCCUGCAAAAGGCCAGUGUCUGCAAGUGCCAGCAGCCGACCAGCCACCCAAGCCAAAGUUCAAGAUGAUGGCAGUGACGUUUCCACCUCUAGCUCAAGUCAAUCUGAAGAGUCUAGGCGCAUCGCAGCAGCUGCUGCUUCUUGGGAAGAUCACGCAGCUGGAAAGCGGAAAGCGCCAUCACGCCCAGAGGAGUCCGACUCUGAAGACGGCGGUCCUACUUCCAACACCAGCCUCAACUUGAUCAACUUUAUGCGAGCUGCUGUGAAAGGUCUUCAAGUUGAUCAAGUGGAACUUGUCAGAAGGACUUUUUCUGAGACAGAGGUGGCACUUGGUGAGUUCUGUGCAGGAAUGGCCACAGGGAGCAUUUGUGCUGCUGCCAUCUCUCGAGUUUUAGAAGAAGAACAUGGCCUCUCAGUUCGAUUCCGCGCAGCUUUCUAUACAGAAUGUGUGCCAUGGAAACAGAAGAUCAUUCAGAGGGUCCAUGAGGCAGUAGUUGGCCAAACCAUGUUCAACAUUAUUUCAAGGACAGGUGACCUUGUUUCAAUGUCACGACAGAUGACUUGCGACAUAGCUGUGAAAGCGAUCGAGUGCGACGACAUCUCUACAUUGAGCAGAACGCCGCGCGGAGUGCUGGAUGUCACAGGAAAGAGUGGAAGCAGUUUUGUCAUAAACAGCAAGUGCUUCGGUGUACCUCAGAGUCGAACCCGUGCCUGGGGAGUCUUUGCAAGAAUGGAUGCUGGAUUCAGCACUGUGGGGAAAUCAGUGCACAUGUCCCAGCUUGAGAAGAUCUGGCAAAGGAUCUUUGCUUGUCAGAAACCACCUGAGUCUUUGGAGCAUAUCUUGAGCGUUGGCUUGAACGCAGGCAUAGAGGACCCACGCACAGGUGAUCAGAAAGGUUCAAAGAAAACAAAGAAGAAGAUAUCAGAGAAAUGGAGAGACUAUCACUCCAACUUUGUCAAACUCAAUGGCCUGGGCAAGUCUGACUUGGAGCACCCGUUCGCCGGUGUCAUCAAGGAGCAAGGGGGCAGGAUUGGAUUGACAGAACGCGAGAUUGAUGCCAGCAUUUUGGCCAUUGCACUGAUGGCAAAGAAGACCACCCUUCCGAAACUGCUAGUCGCUCCAGUUGGAGAUAGCUUGCAGUUUAUCAAGUUCCGCUCACAGGUGCACCCCUGUGUCUUGCCCAGUAAAAAGUUUGUAUACUUGACGCCAGACAAAGCUGCUGUGAACAAGUCUCCUGUCUUACCGUUCCUAUUGCAGGGGCUCUCACAAGAGGAGCUUCAGAUGUGCGGCCUAGACAAGGAUGUUCCCUUCAAGCACGCCCAGGAUUUGGCGGGCAAUGCAUUCACGGCAAACGUGUUUGCAAGCAUUUUGUUCAGCAUUUUGCUGCACUACUCACCUGUCAACAUGCAGUGA